AAGAAGGCUCAGAUAAUUUAAAUAAUAGAUUUGAAAAUUUAUUUGAAAUAGAUAAUUCUGAAGAUAGUAAUGAAAGCUCUAAUAGUGAUUUUGAUAAAGAUUCUAAUAAUAACUUUGAUAGUAAUUUUGAAAAUAAUUUUGAUUACAAUUCUAAUAAUAAUACUAAUAGUAAUUUUGAAAAUAAUUUUAAUAAAAAAUUAGAUAAUAAUUUAGAUAUUAGUUUAAAUAGUAUUUUAAAAGAUAAUUCAAAAAAUGAAAGUUAA